AUGACCACCUCAUCCGCAAACAUCCCCAUCAUUGACCUCUCUGGUCCCCAAAAAGAAGUAGCCAAACAACUUGUGGACGCCGCCGCCGAACAUGGCUUCAUCUACAUCAAGAACCUCGGUGACGACAUACCCGCCGCCAGUGUCGAUGAAGCGUUUGCUCUUUCCAAAAAACUACUCGGAGCUCCUGUAGAAGAGAAACAGGCAUGCUCCAUCCAAACCAACAAUCGAGGAUGGACGAGCAUGCAUGCCGAGACACUGGAUCCCCAGAACCAAAAGGUCGGCGACUUUAAAGAAGCCUUCAACUUUGGCGAGUUCAUAGACAACAAAGCGCAGCAGCCCAUCCCACCCACAAUAGCCGACGAUGAAGCUCGGUUUUCAGCAUUUGCCAAUCUUUGUCGGGCCCUGUGCCUCAAAAUACUCACCCUUCUAGGCCAAGGUCUUGAGGUAAACGACUUUUUCUCCUCCGCACACUUCAAAUCGCCUUCUGGAAGCGGCACCAUCCUCCGCUUCCUUCGCUACCCUCCACCGUCUAGCACAUCCCACACCGCCGACGACAUUCGCGCCGGCGCUCACUCCGACUACGGGUCCAUCACCCUACUCUUCCGCCUCAAAGGUCAAGCUGGGCUUGAAAUCCUCAAAAAGGACGGCACUUGGGCCCCGGUACCUGUGGUGCCGCCCGGUACGGAGAACGAUCCCAGCCCUCCUAUUCUAAUCAACAUUGGCGACCUCCUGUCGUAUUGGACGAAUGGGCUUUUCCGGAGUACGGUUCAUAGGGUAGUGUUUCCUACAAAUGGGGAGCAUACCAGCGUGGAAGGAGAAACAAGCAGCGAGGCACGGUACUCGAUUGCCUUCUUUUGCCAUCCAAUGGAUGAUGCACUACUGGAACUAGUGCCGAGUGAGCGUGUUCGGAAUUUUGUGCCCGAGGGGGUUGUGGCGGGGAAUCCGUUCGCGGAAAGGAAGGUAUUGACUGCGGGGGAGCAUUUACUUAUGAGGUUGAAGGAGAGUUAUGGAACACUGUAUGAUGAAAAGGAGUAG